UAUACAAUAUACCUACAUAUAUAUAUCGCUGUUAUUGCUACUGCACUCAAUCGACGACGAUAUAUCAUCAUCAUCAUCAUCAUCAUCAUCACGCAAUCUCUUCUCUGUCUGCAUAUAGAGAUAUAUAUACACAACUUGGCAAGUGUGCAAAGCUUCUAAGUGUGUGCGUGCAUGUGUGUGCGAGAGAGUGAGUGCGAGAGGUGCAUACGGCAGUUUGUGCGUCUGAGUUGUGAGUGAGUUUACGUGCACAUAUAAAAGGUGUGCAUCUGUGUUGUCUAUAUAACUCUCUCUCUCUUACUCGCUCUGCUCUUCAUCACGCCGUCGUUCCCGCUGCUGCAGCCAUCAACGUCAUAUAGAUAGAUAUAUUACAAAAAGAAAAAAAGCUCGUGUGUGUUUUUCUCUACGCGCGCAUCUGUGUGAGUGAUAUAUGUAUAAUAAAUAAAUUAUUGUGUAUCCUUGUCGGUCAUUCCCGUUUCUCUCAUUGCGACUGCAGUGACGGAAAAAACGUCGGGACUCGCGAGUUCUGUGCAUCGUUUUUUAUCAUAUAUGCAUACUGCUAUUUCAAAUAAAGCAUAGUAAUAAUCGUCGAAAGAGAAAAAAAAAAUUAAUCCCACGAGGCCAAAACGUAACGUCGUUCAGCAUCUUCCUCGUCGUUCGUAUAUCUAUAAACUACGCACAGUGCGGAUGUGAACGAAUAGAUCCUUCCAAGCAACAACAACACACGUACCUUCACAUCCAAGGCAGCAGCGUUGCAGCAGUUGAGCUUUUGACAUAUUUGCCAAACUUUGCGUGCGUUUGUUUGUGUACGAUAUACAGUUAUACACAAACGAGCAGAAAAAGUGAGUGCGAGAGAGAGAAACAGCUGCGUGUGUGUUAUAUAUACCGUGUGUGCGUACACGAGAGUGCGAAAAUCACGCAUUCGAGUCGAUUCGUUUUUUUAUCGCUGCAAUAAUACCCAAAAAAAAACAACGCCCGAAUACUCCAAACGACUCUCCUCUCACGUACGCGUUGUUGUUUCGACUGUAGCUCUUUUGCUGAGCUGAUGAUAACAUAUAAAUAAUAAACAUAAUCGUCGCGUAUUCAAAGUGUGCUACGCAAACGUUUUGUUUCGCGAAUAAAAUCCGGCUGCCUCGUCGAUUUGCUCCUUUACUCCGAGAGCCACCGCCGGCGCGCACGUGUGCGUGUUGUGUUGCCGAGAACGAGAGCCUGUGUGCGUCUGCAUAAGCGGGUGCCUUUCUGUGUAUAUGCGCACACAAGUACAGCAGCUAAAUUAAAAUAAAGAAGGGCUUUGCCAUCCAUUCCGCAUCCUCUUUCUUACAUAAACGACGCCUGAUUUAUUUACACGCAUUCGUGUGCUCGCAGGGAUUGGAUUCUACGGACGCAAAAAUUUCAUCAUUCUAACCCUCGUCGACCCCGUUGUGAGUAUAUUGUGCAUCGCACCAGCAGCGCCAGCCGAAAUAGAACAACAACAGAAAUUCACAUACAUCCGAGUGUGUGCGAGCAAAGAUACGAGCCACGUGAGACGCACGUUGCAAUAGGAUCAGUGAUAUAGAAGCAGCAAACCAAGAGACGGCGGCACGCAAAAGCCAAGACAUACAGUGAUCCAUCGUCGGCAUCGACAUUGGUGUUUUUAUUCAAAACUAGUGUUUUAUAACCGAGUGUUGUUGACGUUUUUACACGUCGUUGAAUAAAAAAAAAUAUUAUAAUAAGGCCCCAUCAGUGCAAAAAAGUGCAAAGUUUCGUUUCGUUGGUUUUGAAGAGAAGUAGGAGGAAGGUAUCUUCGAUUUUCGAGUGUUAAUAAGACGCAAUCGAGAAACGAUCUCGAUCUCGCCUGUCUCUUGGCGUCGACGAUUGACGUUUGAAGAGAAGAAAGAAGAAGAGGACAAGUGUUACAGUGCUGACAGGGGGUAAAGGCCAAACUGGGGAAAUAUGAGCAUUGCUGCCCUCCUGCAGGCUGCUGAGUAUAUCGAACGAAGGGACAGAGAAGCCGAACAUGGAUACGCUUCCACAAUGCCGAUACCGGACGACAUACGGUCGGUCACCAAGAGGCCAAAGACGAAAAAGUCACAAGGGAGCAGGACGACUCAUAACGAACUGGAGAAAAACAGGUACGUCAAAUUCACUGAAGAAGUAUACGCAAUCUUUUAAUUUUCUUUUUUUAAUAAAAGAUUCACGCUCCAGUACUCGUGACUCGCACGCAGCAGCGAGGGGGUGUAUCACUGAAACUACAAGUGUGGCAUAAGAAUAAUCGUAGUCGUCGCAUUAGCAUUGCGAGUCCACACCCGUUUGACGUGUUCUUAUAUCCGACCCCAUAUAGCGCGAGCGCCGUUUCUUUUUCAUAUUGGCACGUUUGAUAUAUAAAUUACACGUUGCAGAGCACUUGUUAGGUUUGAAGAAAAGGAAAAAUUGAAAUUUGCAAUGGAUUAUAUUUUUCUAUCGAUAUAUCUGUCUGUCGGAUUUAAUGCAUUCAUGCUGCUAUUCCGCGAACGAUAAGUAAAUUACACUGCCGGUGUUGAGUAAUUUCGUAAUUGCAUCCUCGUUGUGAUUUUUUUCUUCGGGAACUUUUGAGGCUCUCCAUCAUUGUUUGCUCAUUAAAAUCGUUUAAAUAAAUGCUGUAUAAGCGGACGCAUUAAAUUCCGACAAAAUAUUUUUAAGCGCAACGACUGUUUAAUGGAAAAUCUAUUUGAGCCAAGGCCUAAACAAACACAUUACCUCGCGUUAAUUCGGGACACAUGAAAAGAAAAAAAAGAAAAAACAAUAACAACAAUAACUGAGAAUGUUGACAUAACACGACAAUCGAUGCUAAUUUAUACUUGCAUACAUAUAUACCGCGUCGCGGAGCAUUUUUCACGUGAGUCAUAUAAUAUGCAAUUUUCCACGUCACGCGAUGAAUAAUAUAUAACCGAUUCAUCCGAGCAGUUUUUUCGAUCGGGUUUGUUUUUUCCUCGCGUAUAUAAAUUUCGAGUGCAUCUCGUUUUUUUUCUUGCUGCUGCCUCGGCCCAAGGAAAAUUCCCCAGUCGACUGCACUUUAUUCAAAAUUGAGACGUCGCUCUCUCUUUCUCGCUUGCACCAGGAUGAGAAAAAGGUUAGGCCGGGCCAACGCUACUAGCUGAACUUCCUUUAUUACUUUCUCUCUUUUCAGCAGACUUUAAGUGUGUUUUUAUAUAUAUACGUAUAUACAGGGCGCUAGAACCGUAGCUCCUUUCCCCAACGAAACUUUUAAUUGGCUUUGAAAUGUCAAAAAUGCUGUAAAUUAAGUCUUAAUUGUUUGGAGCGCUUAAGCGGGUGAAGCACACACACUAUCGCCAGGGCUUUUCCUUAUAUUUCUCAUUGAUUCGACUUUUUUCCGUCGAUAUAUAAGUUCGAGAUCUUUUUUACGUCGAGCACCGUAUCAUCAAUUUUAACGUCCGGCUUUUGUGUAGUCGGAUAAUUCACAGAGAGGGAUCGAAUCGGAGCUUUCGAAAGCGUAUACGCACUUUGAGCUCGUUUGCGCGCGCGUGAGCGACGCUGUAAUGAACAGCGCGAGAAACUGCGCACACGAAAUCCUGGGUAACGAGGGCGCGCAACCAAGUAUAUAUAUUCGUUCGACUGUGUAACUUUGGUUGGCCUCCAAAAAACGAAAAAAACAAAAACAAAAAAAAAGCCACACCAAGUUCAAAGAGUUGUGUGCUGUACUGUGCCCUUCGCGUGGAGAAAAGUUAACCCCUGGCACGCGUGUCCGGUCGGCGAUUUUUCUUUCUUUUUUACGUUUCUUAUGUGUAUUUACCAAAGCGAAGGCACGGAAACAAUUGACCAGCAUACGUGUGCGUGCGUGUGUACGUACAGACGACCAGAGGGGCCGAAGAAUUAGAGAAACUGGUUUCUCGAGUGUCGUCGAUCUCAAUGCAAUAAUGCUUAGAUAGAGAGGGAGAGAGUGAGUGAGAGCAUACCAAAGCGAAAGGGUGAAAAGAAGCGAAAGAGAGAGCGAGAGAGAGGAUGAAGAGAGAGGGGAGGUAGACGAAAAAGACAGAGAGCCUGAUUGAGUGGUUUAUACAUAUUGUAGCGUCGAACAAAUCGCGCAUGUACCGUCAAAAAGGAGGUAUAGGCGCGCAGAGAGAAAGAAAGAGAGAGAGUUACUUUGGUAUGAAUAAUUAUAAUACACUACGUUCGCGCUCGCCAUCGUGCCCUUAUGGUAUUUAUAAAUCACACUACUGGCUCAUAUUUCAGCGCACACCACGUCGAGCUGAGCUCGUAUAAUGUGUACACAUAAAGCUCGGCCGAGUCAUUACAUCGGCACAGGUCUUGCGAAGAAAAAAAAUAAAAGUGGCCUUGCAUUAUCAUCUUUUUUCUUGAAAAAAUCACCGUCCGCAGUACAGGUUUUACAUUGGCGUUCCUUUAUUUAUUUUAUUUUAUUUUAUUUUUUUUGCUCGUUGCUCGAGAUAAGGCAAUUUUCACUGCACCGCACAUACGUACACGGAGCUCCGAAGCUUUUGUGCUGGACAAUAUCGCAUUUCAUUUCUCCUCCUCAUGGCCGCUGAAAUAACUUCGGGUUCUCUAUCUCGUUCUCUGUCUCUCUCUCUCUCUCUUGUCGCUUGCCGCACGCGUUUCGUACAUCAGCAGUAGUAGUAGUAGUAGUAUAGCCGCGUUAUAUGCAACGAAGAAGAAGAGGUCAGGAAACUUGGGGCUCACUGCGAGAAAAGUGUUUGUCCGGGCGCUCGAGCUGCAACAAUGGGGGCUAGUUACUAGUGGCUACCACUGCUGCUGCUGCUCCGGACGUCGCGUGGAUAUACGUGUGCGCAUUCGUUGUCCCAAGCCAUGACGCCGAGAGAGUAUAAUACAGUAACCUCGAUUUUUGCUGCUGCUGCUGCUGCUUCACCGUGAAUUUUUUCAUAACUGCACAGGAAUCGUAGUAGAGUUAGCUCGGCCAAUUUUUAUUUUUUACACACACAAACUAUAUACGUAAUAAAUAAAUUGCACGAAAUUGCCUUCGAAAGCUGUAUAAUAUCGGCCUAAGAAAAGUGCGGAGAAAAUGUUGUUCAGGGAAAAAGUAUAUGACCGAGUGCACGAGGUAUGCUUUAGUAUAAUUACACUUGCGCCGGCACGUAUGUAUGUACGUAAACUCGCUUCCGUUUAAUUCUGCAACGGCUCACGACGUAAAAUCAGUGAAGUAGGGGCUCCGCCUAUACCAGCUAGUAUACCAUUGUUGCACUCGAC